GCAUGAAUAAGAUACUACAGUUGUAAUAAGACGAGAGGCUUAAAAAAACCAGCACACGAGGUGAUUCGUUUUCUCUCUCCAGGCCGUUUGCUAAUUUUGCUUGCUUGGUUGCAUGCCCAGCUGAGAAUUCUCCUGCCCAACCAAUGCAGCAUGACCUCCUCCGACUCCUCCUCCCUCGAGCUGCCUUCCUCCCCUCCUCCCAUCUACUGCUACUUUAGCUGCUCGUCCGUCACACACCCCAGCAGCUUCCUCUCGCAAGCUCUAGCUCAUCGAUCAUUCCCGCGGGGGCUCUGAUGCAUUGCAUGGAUCCCGGCCGCCUCCGAUCUCUUCUUCUUCUUCACUGACCUCUUCUCUCCUCCCACCCGGCCACUUCCGUCCUUGCCUGCUUGCAGCUAGCUUUCUUGGCUGAUCGAUCGAUCUUGAUCUGCCGCCGAUGCGAUCAAAUUAAUCUGCUUUCUAUAACCUUAUUAGCUUGAUCGAUCCAUCGUCCUCAGCCAUGCAUACCAUGGGGGAUGUGGCUGUGCUUACUAGCAGCGCCACUCGGCACAGCUGCAAGGUGUGCCGGAAGGGCUUCCCUUGCGGCCGCUCGCUGGGCGGCCACAUGCGCUCGCAUUCCCUGGCCGAGGUGGAGACGGCACUGGACGACGACGACGGCGGCGGCGGCGAUGACGGCGGCGGCGAGGAGCACCAGCAGCGGCGAGGCUUUGAUUGCGUGACGGCGCCUCCGGGCGCCGGGGGCUACGGGCUGAGGGAGAACCCGAAGAAGACGCGGCGCCUCUCGAGCCUCAACGACUGCGACGACGGCGGUGGCGUGGACGAGCGCAGCAGCCACGGCGGUGGCCGCGGUGAGCUGCUCUCGACGUGCGCGUCGUCGGAGGUGGACCACGAGCGCCGCCGUGCGCGAGGCGGUGGCAUGGAGCUGGAACUGGAGCGGGCGCGGGAGCAGGAGGACACCGUUCUGAUCCCGACGGAGCCGGCUCCCGGCCUGAUGCCGCCGCCGAGGCGGAGGCGGCGCUCCAUGCGCGUGCCGGCCCCCGCACCACCGCCGCCGGCUCCUGCCUUCGACAAGGAGCCGGAGGACGUCGCGCUCUGCCUCAUCAUGCUGUCGCGCGACAUCAUAGACCACCGGCGGUGCUCCCCGGCCGCGGGCGCCGAGUACUCGCCGGAAGAGGACAGCACGAGGCGAGACUAUCAGUACCAGUACCACCACGACGACACCGACUACAACGACGAUGCCUCCAUCGGCACCAAGAUCAACAAGAGGAAGCCUAAUCGCGGCCUCGUCGGCGACGAGAAGCGGGGCCGGUACGAGUGCCCUGGGUGCGGGAGGGCGUUCCAGUCGUACCAAGCACUCGGCGGCCACCGCGCCAGCCACAAGCGCAUCAACAGUAACUGCAGCAUCGCCAAGGCCGUCGUCGACCACCAACCGGAGCAAAGCGUCGAGACCAACACCUCCUCGUUUAGCACGGCGUCGCCGGACCCGAACUACGGCGGCGCUGACAUCGCUCCCACUGCGGUGGUGGCCUUGAAGGCGAAACCGCACAAGCCGAUCAAAUUCGAGUGCCCCAUCUGUUUCAGGGUGUUUGGCUCGGGGCAGGCGCUCGGUGGACACAAGCGGUCACACUCGAUCGCCGGCGAGCUCUAUGAGCGCGCACAUGCUGUCGAAGACGAUGGCAUUGGUGACGAUGAGCAACCUCUGGUCUCUGAUGGAUUUCUUGAUCUCAAUCUGCCAGCACCAGGAGUUGAGGAUUGAAAGUAUGCAUGGAUGGUUCGAGUUUUGAUCUUCAGGGAAAGAACGUGGUAUGUACAGAACUACAGGAGAUUCAGAUUCAAUUGAUUCUUUGGAGCUUCAAGUUACAAGUGAUUGCUUGGGUUAAAUGAACCAUGAUUGCUAGUACUCUUCUUGGGUUCAUCAAGAUUUCACCUACAUUUUCGAAAGUUCUUCUUUUUACUAGUCUUUUUUUUUUGGUUUCCAGCUUUAUUUAAAGAGAGUAAUAAGCAUCUCAUGAUCUUAAACUGCUGCCUGAGAUGAUUCGAUGAAAGAUUUUCAAUUUAGCUCAGCAUUGCGUUUCUCAGGUUUAUAAAGUUCAGUGAAUGCUUUCAAGUUUG